GAAGAGCAGGAAACCUCUAUUUCCAGAGUCUUCAGGAAAUCUUCACUGAGCAAGGCCAGGAAAGAAACAGCUCCUUCUUGACAGCCUAGCCUUAGGUGGUGAAGGUCCUCAGAGGCUGAGGGGAGGGCAGUAGACAGUCCCUCUCUGGCUCUCCUUUACUUCUCAUAAAGGCACCCAUCAUCAAAGCUGUGUGCCUAGAAGGGAGGGACCGGGGUCCCCACUUGUCUCCCUAGGCUACAGGGUUUGGUUCGUGUUUGGAACCUUUACUGGGCUUCAUGGCAUUGUCCGGAACUGGCACACUGGUUGCUUCCCUUGUCUCCAAGAUGACAGCUUCAGCGGCCAUGGUCAAAGCUGGAGGGGCAGCGUCUAGCACCAUUCUAGCUGGCUCACAGGGGCUCAACCUGUUAUCCCAGACUGUCCUGGGCUCUGGAGCACCUGCACUUGGAUCUGCCCUGGGAGCACUGAAGACUGGCACCUUUUUCUCGGGGUGCUCUGCCUCUGUCUUGGCUCUUGGUCCCACUGGAGUCAAGGCUGCUGUUGCUCUGCUUGGGGGAGCCAUGACUGUAGCUGCUGUGCCUCCCCUGCUGAGUGCUGUGGGCUUCACUUCCUCAGGAAUUGCAGCCUCCUCUCUGGCAGCUAAGAUUAUGUCCUUGUCAGCUAUUGCUAACGGGGGCGGAGUCCCGGCUGGUGGCCUGGUGGCCAUUCUUCAGUCAGCAGGAGCUGUUGGACUCACCAUGUCAUCUAAAGUCCUUGUGGGCUCUGCAGGAUCUGCCUUUGUGGCCAGGGUGAUGGGGCAUCUGUGAGAAUUCCUGCCCCUCUUUCCCCAGAGAAGCGGACAUGGAAACAGGUGGCACAGCCCAACUUGGCCAACCCAGAGAAGAAGGGUUAGCCCUAGGGGAACAGUCUGUCAACACGGAAUGCCUAAGGGAAAUAAGAAAGAAAUAAAUAAAAACCAAGUUGUUGCCAGUUUGA